UUAAGUGAGAACUUGAGUAGAGCCGUGACGAGUAAUGACUGACGACCGUGUUUACAUUGACAUUUGACAUUUCAUAUGGCUGUUUACAUUCUACAACAAAAUGUGGUAUAUAACCUACAAAUCCACAUAUUAACAAGUAAGAUCUAGACUGCCAAUCUAAAAAUAAACGGACAAACUUACAUCUUGCAUUGCAUUGGAUGUUGAACUCGAAUUUAGUCCCAAACCUAUUACGCAUACGGCAUUUUGUUAGCGCUAGUAUUUAUCAUCGUCAAUAUUUCUGUGUAAAACGAAUCAUGUCUUUAGAACAAGCAAAACAAGUAGCAGCUUAUCGAGCAGUCGACGAAUUUGUCCAGAACAAUAGCAUUUUUGGCGUAGGAAGUGGAUCAACAGUAGUGUAUGCGGUACAACGUUUAGCAGAGCGUGUGGAAACUGAAAACCUUAAAGUUGUAUGCAUUCCUACAUCAUUUCAAGCAAAACAGUUAAUAAUUAAACAUAAUCUAGUGUUGGGAGAACUUGAUACAAAUCCUGAGAUAGACGUUACUAUAGAUGGUGCCGAUGAAGUUGAUUCAAAUUUGACCUUGAUUAAAGGUGGUGGAGGUUGUUUAUUACAGGAAAAAAUUGUAGCAUCAUGUUCUAAAAAACUGAUUGUAAUAGCCGAUUACACAAAAGACUCCAAAAAAUUAGGUGAUAGAUAUAAAAAAGGCAUACCCAUUGAAGUUGUUCCUAUGGCUUAUGUUCCUAUUAAAAACAAAAUUAUUUCAUUAUUUGGAGGAGAUAUUAAAUUAAGAAGUGCUGUUGCAAAGGCAGGGCCUGUAGUAACGGACAAUGGAAAUUUCAUUUUAGACUGGAUUUUUGCUGAUCAAGAUUUGGACUGGGAAAAAGUAAAUAAUGCAAUUAAAAUGAUCCCAGGAGUUGUAGAAACUGGAUUGUUUGUCAAAAUGUGCUGUAAAGCAUACUUCGGGCAGCCUGAAGGCACAGUAAAGGAAACCAACUGAACUAAAUAUAACUCUACUUUAUAAAAUUACUAAUGAAUCUAUAGCUUAAGCAAUGUUUUAAUGUAAGAAGAUUAAAUUUUUUUAUAUUAUCAACUGGGUUAAUAAUUGUUUUCUCCAUUUAGUAUUCUGUAAAACAAGCUCACAAUUUUUUCUGUGGCAUAAAAAUGAAUUUACUAUUUUUGUAGUUGUAGUUGUGUACUGUAUGUGCGUUUUAUAUAUAAGUAUAUACCUCAAUAAGCACAAAUCAUUUAAUAGGUUUCAUUAACUAGAUUAAAAAUCUCAACUUAAAUGAUCAAAUAUGAUUGUAAAAUGAUUUUAAUUAAAAUUGUUACUUCUCAUAAACUUGAUCAAAUUUUUCAAUAAUUAUAUUUAUCUAAUUGUGAAUUCCUAAAUAUCAGUUAGCCUAUAAGUCAAUUGCAAUAUCUAUCUAAAUUAGAAAGUCCUGUCACAUAUGAAAAGUAUGUAAUAUGAAUUCAAAUUUUAAUAAUACUCAACAAUUUUAAAUUUUAAACAAAAUGAAUUGUGUUGAGAGUUGAGUGUGUGUGUGUGAGAAAAUAAUCCAGUUUUAUCAAUCAAACUCAAAAUCUUGUGUCCUCAAACUUAUCGUUAGCCAUGACUACUUUAUCAUAUUCAUUUUAAUUAUAAAAACAAAAUAUAUUUUUUACAAACAUCGAAAAAAAUUAAAUAAAAAAAGAGUGAUUCUUAUUAUACUUUAAGUGAUGAGCUUAUUGCAAUAAUUAAUAUGCAAAUAAACUUAUUAAUUUUC